AUGUUCGAUUACGACGAGAGUCCCCCGCCACUACAUCACUCACCAUCUCCGAGUGAUCAGUCGCAUCCCACCUCUCGAGAUACAACCCCCGUCACACCGGUCGGAAGCGGACCAUCCGGUGGAAAGAAGACAGACAAGGACUUUGUGCCCUGGUUCAGGAAGCCCAUCGACAUCGGACGUACCACCACUCGCCUGUGCCUCGACAGCUCGCUGCUCGAGCCCGACUUCGACGAUACUAAUUUCCCGACCUUUGGCGCCUCGCCACCGGUUCGGGGUAUGGCGACCGUCGCCAAUCCACUCGACAUAUCUGCCAGAACGACCUCAACCUCGCCUCGCGGUAAUCAGCCAUCGACUCUGACUUCCGCCUUGAAGCGAAGCGACAGUGAAGAGAAACGAAAGAUGUCCGCUCAGAUGCAGGAGACGGCCCUCAACCGUCCGAUUCCUCAGAUGCCCUCUAAUGCCUCCGAUGACUUUGCCAGGUUUGAACAUGGCGCACGACCGAUAACUGUGAAAGGCGCGGCAAAUGACAAGGCCAGACGCGAAAGCAUAGCUCAGAGUCUCGGCACUGGCAUGAGCUGGGGUGGUAUUUCGGUCGGAAGCUGGAUCAGAGACGAUAUGAUGAUGUCCGGAACCUCGCCCUUCGCUUUCAACUCCCCCUCAUUCCACUCCUCGUCCUACCUGCCCAAGCUUGAAGCCAAUUUCAUGAAAGACUUCUCAUGCUGCGGUUUGACACUACCAACCUUGCAUGACUUGCUGCAACACUACGAAGAAGCACACGCGCAAAAGGACACACUACCAGACGGCAAUCAGUCUGCCGUGCCCGAUAGUCGGGCUGCCAUUGCAGCCACCACUGCAGCUCAGGUACAGCAAGAAGCGCAACAACGCAACCAACAACAACAGUCGCAAAACACACCGGGACGGCCAUUUGGCUCCCAGCAUACCAGCUUCCAGAACAUGCAACGACCUACGGGGUUCUCCAGCACGUUGCAGACGAUCCCGGAUAUGGAUACUGUAGAAGAUAUGGAGAUGGAUGAUAUCGACGGCGAGGACGAAAAGACACCGCCACCCAAUCUCUACACCCAAAAUCAAGCCCAGACAUCACCCCAGACCUCAUUUUCAAAUGCUGCACAGCCGCAUAUCCCACAACUGAACACCACAAUGAUGCAGGGCCACCAGGCGUUUCGACAGUCUACUCCGAAUACUCCGGUAGCGUCUGGUCACUCUUCGGUGCCUUUCCAGGGCAACAACGCUUCGUCCACGCUCAUGGGAAACCCCAUGCAGCAGUUUCAAGAUCUACAGAGUGCGUACCGGGGCACGCCCGAUUCCUCAGCUCCAGGCACCCCGGGAGAAUUAGAUGACGGGCUCAUGAGUGGCAUGGACGAUAUGUCAAUGCAGGGCAAUCCUCUCUUCAAUGGCAUGCCCAAUGGGUUCGGCGGGUUCGGCUUCGGCAUGAACAACGACAUGAUUGAUUUAUGCAUCGACGAACCCGCGAAACGACUGUUUUCUCCCAGCAAUCAAGGCAUGAGUCAGGGCCAAGGGCAACAGUCGGCCGCGCAGAACCGCCUGGGUAGUGGCCAAUACGGGCCGAAUAGCGAAAUUGCUCGGACCAUUCGUGAACGGCAAGCCGCGGCCGGAUUACCCGAUACCACCACCAACAUUCCUCCGCACGAGGAACCAAAGCCGUUUCGGUGUCCCGUGAUCGGCUGCGAGAAAGCGUACAAAAACCAAAACGGUCUCAAAUACCACAAAUCGCAUGGCCACAACAACCAACGCCUCCAAGAGAACGGUGACGGCACGUUUUCCAUCGUGGACCCGGAUACCCAAGCGCCAUACCCAGGUACAAUGGGGAUGGAAAAAGAAAAGCCAUACAAGUGCGAGGUGUGUCAGAAGCGGUACAAGAACUUGAACGGCCUGAAAUACCACAAGACACACUCUCCGCCAUGCAACCCCGAACUGCAGUUGAACGGUACCAAGAGUCCAUCUCUGGGGAUGGCCAGUAUGAUGGCGGGCCAGGGUAUGGCAGAUUUGGGAGCCGGACUCUCAGGCGACUCCAGCAUGAUGUAA